AUGUCUAAAAAAUUAGGUGAACUUGUGGUCGUUGCCAUUAAGGCUCGCAAUUUAAGUGCUCGCGACGUUAUCGGCAAGGGAGAUCCUUUUACCACAUUUCGGAUAGGAGAUAUGGCUAAAAGAACGAAAACUGAUAAACGAGGUGGUCAACAUCCGGUAUGGGAUGAAGAACUACGCUUUCAAAUUAUGGAUGAACAAAGGCAUAAAACAAUGAAGGUUCAGAUUUACAAUGAAGAUAAACGGGAGCACGUUCUUAUAGGCGAUGAAGUCAUUAAAUUAGAUGAGGUGUUCAAAAGUGGCGAAUGGGAUGCUUGGCAUGAAAUCAAAUAUCGCAACAAAUACGCUGGAGAAAUUUUCCUUGAGAUGACAUUUUAUAACGCUGGUAUUCCACCUCCAGUAGCAACCCCUCUACGACCAACGCCUGUAGUUCAAACUCCACCUCAGUCUUCUACUCCUUAUAAAUCCCCAAAUAGUAAACCUGCGCCUCUACCAGCUUCAUACCCUCCCCCAGCUAAUUCACCUCAGCUUCAAAACACUACACCCAUUGGUCUGGUUUCGCAAUCAACUUUACCUUAUUCUCCACAAGGAAAUUCAGCGCCCUAUCCACCUCAAGGAAAUUCAGCGCCCUAUCCACCUCAAGGAAAUUCAGCGCCCUAUCCGCCUCAAGGAGUAUCUGCACCCUAUCCACCUCAAACACCUCAAGGAGCGUCUGCACCCUAUCUACCUCAAGGAGCGUCUGCACCCUAUCCUCCAACGUCUGCACCCUAUCCUCCAACGUCUGCACCCUAUCCUCCAACGUCUGCACCCUAUUCGCUUCAAACACAAACAUCUGCACCCUAUCCACCUCAGGGAGCUUCUUUGCCCUAUUCGCCUCAAACAUCUGCACCUUAUCCACCUCAGGCAUAUCCACCGCUACAAGUUGGGGGCCAUCCUCAACCACCUCAAAAUGGUAGUCCAGUGUCAUUUCCGAUACCUAUACCAACGCCUAAUGCACCAACGCCUAAUGCACCAGCUCCUAAUGGAGGAUACCCUCAUUAUAAUGGAGGUUCUCAAAAUUUGAACUAUCCUAAUUAUUCAGCACAAGUACAAGGCGGUUAUCAACAACCAUCAUAUCCAUCUAAUAACGUUUAUCCACCUCCUAAUAACCAAAUGUAUCCACCGCCAAAUUUUGGCCAAGGGUACCCACAUACAGGAGUUGCAGGUGAAACUGGUGAAAAUGAUGGUGAAACUGGUAAAACUAAAUAG